AUUGGCUUUUCCUGCUCUUCAACAGUUCCUGAGGGAGUCGCUGGACACCAUGGAGGACGAGGCCUGGACCAAGGCCCUGAGCUGCGAGCUAAGCCGGCAGCUGAGCAGUUCUCCCAGCAGCUCUGGAGAAAAGUCUUUCCUGUACAAGGCUCUGGGCACAGUUCUGGGAGCUUGUAAGGAAGUCCUCUAUGUCCAAGAGAAGCUGCUGCAGCACCUGGAGGGAGCAAAUGCAGAGGAGCCAUCUGAGGCCCAGGUGAGCUUUCCUUCCAGAUUCUGCGAGCAUCCCCGCUUCGUCCCUGGGGCAGAGGGCUUCUCCUGGCCCUGUUCCAGGCCUUUCAAUCUCCUCCCUGCUGCUGCUUCCCUCAAGUGA